UUCAGGGAGAGACGAGAGAAACCCAAAACAUAUAGUCUAAAUGACACAUUACCAUCAUUGAGAGCAAGUGAUCUUGGCCGUCCUUAGGGGCCCCUGGACACACAACAUUGAAUAGACUAAUAUGUAAACAAACCCGCGUUAGACCAUGCAUGUGCUCUUAAUUGAGGGAUACUUCUGAGGAGUCUUAUUGCAGUGGCUACACACAAAGAAUGGGCGUGAGUUGUCCCUCGAAAGGGAGCCCAGAGACUCUUGCUUUUUUAGCACCAGCGAUCUGAGCGCUCAGUUCACAGUCUGUGAGAGACAGAGAGAGAGCAUACCAGCGGGAUGGAGAGCGCAGGAUUUACAACAACUGUUGUCUGAAUACUCUCCCAAAAUCAACUAAGACGCACAGGAGGGAGGGGAGUCACGGCCGGUGAGAGUCUGAGUGCUUUUUGUGUGUCAGAGGGUGUUUGAGAGAGUGAGGGAGCAUCACAGAUAGAGGAAGAGAGAGAGGGGAAGAGAGAAGGGAGUAAGUCUGGACCAGGUGAUCGAGUACUAACAAACCUCCAAGGGGCUGCCGGGUUGUAUCAGUGUGCACAGGAUCAGCGAUCCGACCAUGGUGCCCCCGCGCUGCCCGGGACCCUGUGCCAUGCUGGCUCUGAUCCUCCUCUUGGGAUGCGGCGUGGCUUCCUGCCUCGGCCAGAACGACACGGAGCCCAUCGUGCUCGAAGGGAAGUGUCUCGUGGUGUGCGACUCGAACCCUUCUUCGGACGGAGCGGUCACCUCCUCGCUUGGCAUAUCAGUCCGCUCCGCUGGGGCAAAGGUGGCUUUUUCCGCCGUGCGUGGAACCAACCACGAGCCGUCAGAGAUGAGCAACACGUCUAUGACCAUCUAUUUUGACCAGGUUUUAGUGAACAUCGGCAACCAUUUCGAUCUUAAAGCAAGUGUUUUCCAGGCUCCAAGGAGGGGGAUCUAUAGUUUCAGCUUUCACGUGGUGAAGGUCUACAACAGACAGACCAUACAGGUGAACCUGAUGCAGAAUGAUUACCCGGUUAUAUCAGCAUUCGCCGGUGACCAGGAUGUUACGAGAGAGGCGGCCAGCAACGGAGUACUGCUGAUGGUUGAACGGGAGGACCGGGUCUAUCUGAAGCUGGAACGGGGCACCCUAAUGGGCGGAUGGAAAUACUCCACCUUCUCAGGCUUUCUAGUCUUUCCUCUAUAAUUUGAUCGGCGAUGAUCCACGUCGCACGGGACUCGGCUUAGGUCGAGAAACAAAAAAACAAAAAACAAAAAAACAAAAACAAAAACAACCAAACCAUGCCAUUUAUUUUCAACUUAAAUAACUGUCAGCCAAGGAAGCCGACGAAUAUCUGUAUACCUACACUCGUCCACUAUCUAGUCAAAUAUGAACGUUUCCUUGGAGUUUCAUAUAUUCAAAUCCAUCAGUCAACUUUAACGCGAUCUGGAUGAUUAAACAUAUUGAUCGGCCAGCGGCGUGCUUGUUGGUAUGUGGAUUUUUUUCUUGCUUGGAAAACAAACUUUGCCAAGAGACAAACGGGUGUACCUGGGCAAGAUGGACACGGGAGAAGAGGAUGAGUGGAAGAACUGAUGUCCCGGACAGGCCGAGUGUGUUAUGCUCUAUUUUAUGUUUGUACUAUAGCCUUAAAGAAUAUAUGGUUUCCGUGCAAGUGAAGUAUAUGGAAUUAUGGACAACCAGAGAAGAAGUGCUUUCACGCCCAAAGGCAUUUUUUUGCACGAGUGGAAGUUUUUACUUUGUGUUUUGUGCUGUCAAUGGUGUUGCGUUUGGAUGCUGAACAUACUGAAAAUGAGCCAAAUGUAGGCCGCCGACGAGUUUAUUAAAAGAGAAAAAAAGGCGACAUAUUUUAGCCACCGGAGACGACUUUGAGCCCUUUUAUGAAAGAAAUAAUUAUAAUUUAUAAAGUACAUAUUCACAUUAUUGUGUGUUCUACAUUUCGGAAUCUGCGUAGCUUUGACUGAUUUAAUGUUCAGUGACGUUGCUCACCAAAUGUACAUUGUGGAAAUAAUAGAAGAAUCCCUAUAUGUCCCGCUUAAUAAAAGAUAUUGUAUUGUA